AUGUCGUCGCCAUCGAAGAAGCGCUUCAAGAAAACGACAUGGUAUACCAGAUUAUUGCACAAAAGAUUACCAAUUGUAAAAUGGCUGCCUGAAUACAAUUCGGAAAAAGCUCUAGCGGACUUUAUAGCUGGUGUUACUGUUGGGCUUACUGUUAUCCCGCAGGCGUUGGCUUACGCGACACUGGCCGGACUACCACCUCAGUAUGGACUUUACUCUUCGUUCAUGGGCUGCUUCGUUUACUUAGUCCUCGGUUCGUGUAAAGACAUCACCUUAGGGCCAACCGCUCUCCUAGCUCUCAUGACAUACGAACAAAUACAGGGCAGGAACUUCGACUACGCUGUACUAUUGUGUUUUCUUACGGGCGUUGUCCAACUCUUAAUGGGAAUACUACACUUGGGUGUCCUCAUCGACUUUAUAUCCGUGCCAGUCACGGUAGGUUUUACUUCAGCUACGUCGGUCAUAAUCGCCGUAUCUCAACUCAAGGGCUUAUUGGGACUUCAGUUCAAAUCGAAGGGCUUCAUCGAUAAUUUGAAAAAGGUAAUUAUAAACAUACCUCACGCCAAACUAGCGGAUAGCGCUUUGGGAGUUUCGUGCAUAAUUGUACUUCUUUUAAUGAGGAAAAUGAAAGAUAUGAAUAUAUCGCCGAAUAAAAAAGGCUUGAAGAAGACGUUAUGGCUGUUAACGACUUCGCGGAACGCCAUCAUUGUUCUGUUUUGUUCUUUAAUGGCAUUUAUAUGGGACUACUACUCAGUAUCGCCGUUUAAGCUCACCGGCACUGUGAAAGAAGGGCUACCCACGUGGUCGAUACCGCCAUUUAGUACCGAACAUAGUGGCAGGAAUGUGACCUUUAUUGAAAUGUGCUCAGAAUUGGGGUCUUCGAUAGUACUCGUACCUAUAAUUGGAGUACUGGGAAACGUAGCAAUAGCUAAAGCCUUUGCCAGCGGCGAAUCAGUUGACGCAACGCAAGAACUGCUGACAUUGUCACUGUCCAAUGUACUGGGCUCGUUCGUGAGCGCGAUGCCCAUAACUGGGUCGUUCUCACGCAGCGCUGUCAAUCACGCCAGUGGGGUCGCCACUCAGUUCGGAAGUAUCUACACAGGUAUUCUAGUUCUCUUAGCGCUGAGUCUUCUGACGCCCUACUUCUAUUACAUACCGAAAGCGUCGCUCGCCGCCGUCGUCAUUUGUGCAGUUGUGUUCAUGAUAGAGUAUGAGGUAGUCAAACCAAUGUGGCGAUCACGUCGAGUCGACCUUCUGCCCACAUUUGUCACGUUUAUUCUAUGCCUCGUGAUUGGAGUGGAGUUGGGUAUAGUAGCUGGGGUUCUACUGAACGUUUUGUUACUAUUGUAUCCAAGUGCCAGACCGAAUAUGGAAGCUGAAAUUGUAACGAACGCCACAGGCUUCAGUUACUUAUUGGUAACAGUUGGUAAUAGCCUCUAUUUCCCCGGCGUAGAGUAUAUAAGGCAGUAUAUCAGUCGAGCUGCGAAAAAACAAGGAGACUGUACGAUGCCCGUUGUUAUUGAUUGCAGAUUCGUGCUAGGCGCGGACUUCACCGCAGCGAAGGGCAUCUGCGCGUUAUCGAACUCCCUGUCGUCCCGCGGCCAGCCGCUGCUGCUACUGAGCCCUCGCUCCAGCGUGGCGUCAGUGUUCAGCGGCGCCGGUUCUAGUGUCAUCGUUGUUAUGGAUUCUACUGAGCUAGAGGCCACGUUACAAAAUAUCACGGGACGGAUACCACUGUCUGACCUAAAUGUUGAAGAAAAGACAAAACUCAGCCCACCGCCGUCUUAUGUGUCGUUGAGUCAAGUCGACGAUAAUGAAGUGGAAGUCGUCAUAACAGAAGAUAAGGACACACCGCUGUUAACAAGAUCGAAAUCCGCAAAAACUUUAUCACGAGAAAUAAACGACACGUGAUAUUGACUGGCGA